UGUUAUAUCCAAGAGAAGUCACCAUAAACAAAGCGAAGACCUAUUUUAAUUUCUACCAGUGGGAAGAUAACAGCUGUAGUCAUCACAGGAGUAACUAUUCCCAGUCAGAGGCGCUAUGUGUAUUAUUACAGCUACCUGUUAAAGAAUCAUCUGGAUUACAGACCAGUGGCACUGUUGUUUCACAAGAUGAUGUUUGAAACUAUUCCAAUGUUCAGUGGUGGAACUUGCAAUCCGCAGUUUGUGGUCUGCCAGCUAAAGGUGAAGAUAUACUCCUCCACUUCAGGACCCACUCGGCGAGAAGACAAGUUCAUGUACUUUGAAUUCCCUCAGCCAUUGCCUGUAUGUGGGGACAUCAAAGUAGAGUUCUUCCACAAGCAGAACAAGAUGCUAAAAAAGGACAAAAUGUUUCACUUUUGGGUAAAUACGUUUUUCAUACCAGGACCAGAGGAAACCUCAGAAAAAGUAGAAAAUGGAAGUGUAUGUGAUCAAGAAAUUGAUAGUAUUUGCAGUAUAGAGCGUGCAGAUAAUGACAAGGAAUAUCUAGUACUUACUUUAACAAAAAAUGAUCUUGACAAGGCAAAUAAAGACAAGGCAAACCGAUACUUUUCUCCAAAUUUUAAGGUGAAGCUGUACUUCACAAAAACAGUAGAGGAGCCAUCAAACCCGGAAGCUAGCAGUUCAACUUCUGUAACGCCAGAUGUCAGUGACAAUGAACCUGAUCAUUACAGAUAUUCUGACACCACUGACUCUGAUCCAGAGAAUGAGCCUUUCGAUGAGGAUCAGCAUACACAAAUUACAAAAGUCUGAUUUUUUUUUUUAAUCAGGAGGGAUAAAACACCAUAAAAAACAAACUUUAAUAAACUGAAAAUGGACUUUUUUUUUAAUGGCAAUAGGACAUGUAACAGAUUACCAGUUUAUAGGAACAAUUCUCUUUUCCUGACCAAUCUUGUUUUACCCUAUACAUCCACAGGGUUUUGACACUUGUUGUCCAGUUGAAAAAAAGAUUGUGUAGCUGUGUCAUGUAUAUACCUUUUUGUGUCAAAAAGACAUUUAAAAUUCAAUUAGGAUAAAUAAAGAUGGCACUUUCCCAUUUGUUCCAAUUUUAUAAAAAAUGGAGACAGACUGAUGUGUAUACGUAGGAAUUAUUCCUUGUGUGUUCUGUCACCAACUAAAGUGGCUAAAGAGCUCUUUGUGAUACAUAGGUUCACAUCCUACCCCUUUGCACUUGUGGCAACAGAUAAGUUUGCAGUUGGCUAAGAGAAGUUUUGCUACAUUCUAAUGCAUGUAUUUGGGUUAGGGGGAUGGAGGGAAUGCUCAGAAAGGAAUAUAUUUUAUGCUGGAUUCUGGACCAUAUACCAUCUCCAGCUAUUUACAUGCACCUUUCUUUAGCAUGCUACAGUUAUUAAUCUGGACGUUUGAGGAAUUGGCCGCUGUCACUGCUUGUUGUUUGUGCAUUUUAUUUUUAUUUUUUUAAGCAUAUUGGUGCUAGAAAAGGCAGCUAGAGGGAGUGAAUUUGUAUUGGGGUACAGGAAUGAACCUUUUGCAACAUCUUAAGAAUCCACAAAUGAAGGGAUAUAAAAAUAAUGUUGUCCUAAAUAAGAAACACAGCAACAAUGACUUAACCAUAUAAAUGUGGAGGCUAUCAACCAAGAAUGGGCUUGAAACAUUAUAAAAAUUGACAAUGAUUUAUUAAAUAUAUUUUCUCAAUUGUAAUGACUGCUCCAUCUCCUGUGUAACCAAGGCCAGUGCUAAAAGUCAGAUGCUAUUAGUAUACCUACAUCAGUCAACAACUUAACACUUAUUUUAUUAGUUUUCAAUCAUAUACCUGCUGUGGAUGCUUCAUGUGCUGCCUGCAAGCUUCUUUGUUCUCAUUAAAUAUAAAAUAGUUUAUAAUGCUGCACAGGAAAUUUCAAUUUGACAUUCUACAGUAAGCGUUUUUUUGUUUUGUUUUCUUAAAAGAUUUAUGAUGCACUUAUUCAAUCCAGUAGCUGUCAGCUGUUUCACCCUUUGACCUUACACAUUCUAUUACAAUGAGUUUUGCAGUUUUGCACAUUUUUUUUUAAAUGUCAUUAACUGUUAGGGAAUUUUACUUGAAUACUGAAUGCUUAAUACUUACGAUGUUUAUGUUUUAAAAAGGACAUUAUUUGUGUUAAAAAGGAAAUUACAGCUGCAGUAAAUUUUCAGCAUUGCACAAAUAUAAGGCAUUUAUUUUUUUCAGUAGAAAUUGCCCCAGAUACGCUUUAUCAAUUCGCUGUUGAAAUAAUAGAUUUUUUUUUAAAGAACACGCAGUGUUGGAUCAUUUCUUCAUAGUGCUAGCAUUGGGACUAGGGCUUUAAUUUCACUAUUUAAAUAUCAUAUAUUUUAUAUGCCCAGACUGCUUAUGAUUUUAAGCAGAAUACAACUACUUUUGUAAAGCUAAUGUGAAGAUACUCUUAAAAAGGAACACCCCUCCCCCAGCCUUGACCCAUCCCCCCCCUUUCAAAUUUGGUGUCUUUCAAAUUAUACCGUGGCACAUUUGGAUAUUCAACCAAUAUGUCUCGAUGGUGUAAAAUCCCAAUAAUUUAUUGGUGCUGAAAUUGUUCACUAGCUGUGGUCUGACCUAGUUAAUUUACAAAUACAUAUUGCAUAGGAUUUACUAGAGCAGCAUCUAUCAAGUUUAAUGGUAAAUAGAUUAGGCAGAAUUUCAUCUAAAAUAUUCUUAGUGCGUAAUGUUGACAUAUUUACCAUACCUCAUCAGUUUCUCUCAAGAAAUAAAAUUUUUAAAUUUUUAACAAAAUUCUUAGGAUUUACACAUUUGUAUCUCAACAUUGAUAUAUAGAGUAUUGGUUGACUGCUCUUUAGCUGGUAAAGUUAAAAGCUACUCCUAAGGCCUAACCAUUGAAAUUUUUAUGUCACCUUAUAUAAAAAUGGAAAAUUGUUGACUAAAAUGAAAAUCAUUUAUUCUGUUUUGAAAAUAGUCAUUAAUACUGUUCUUUGUUCCAGUUUUGGGCACAGCAUAUUAAAACAUGUAUUGUUCAAAUACGUCACAUUGAGGGCCAGGUCAUAAACAAUGACAUUCUAAUGGGCUUUUGCACUGUUAUUAUUUUUCCUUUGGAAUGUGAAGGUCUGAAUGAGGGUUUUGAUUUUGAAUGUUUCAAUGUUUUUGAGAAGCCUUGCUUACAUUUUAUGGUGUAGUCAUUGGAAAUGGAAAAAUGGCAUUAUAUAUAUUAUAUAUAUAUAAAUAUAUAUUAUACAUACUCUCCUAUACUUUAUUUCAGUUACCAUCCCCAUAGAAUUUGACAAGAAUUGCUAUGACUGAAAGGUUUUUGAGUCCUAAUUAAAAUUUAUUUAUGACAGUAUUCAUAAUUAGCCUGAAUUGCAUUUUGUAGGUUAUCUCCGAGUUCCUGGAAUGUUUUCUUAGACUUUUUGGAUGUGCAGCAGCUUAUCUGUCUGAAGUUACUUGAAGGCAUCACCGUUUGAAAAAGCUUACUAUUGGGCCCUGUACCAUCCUAAAUCCUCUGUAGCUCCUCUUGAACAUUUUUGCCAUAAUUUUUAAAGGGUAGUUGAGUAAAAAGCAUCACCAUUCUUUGCUGUGGCACAGGUUAUAAAAUUUAGUGGAGUUUACUGGCAGCAUCAAAUGUUUCAGCUUUAAAAAAUUAAGGUAGGGUACAAGUUACAUGUUUAGUUCUAGAAAAUUUGUGCAAUAUGUUCAUAACGAUGGCUGUGGUUGCCACAAAGUGCCUCGUUUACCUUUAAAUACUGUUAAUGUGUCAUGCAUGCAGAUGGAAGGGGUGGAACUGUGCACUAAAGUGGGGGCUUUCAUUGCAGUGUGCGGCAGAGUUGCCUUCUACCCUGCCAGUUCAAAAUUUCAAUCUGUUCUCAUAUAGACUAUAUAUACUAAAAAAUUUCAGUCUGUUAAACAGCCUUACUCUGAUUCAGCCUCUUCAGAUAAUCUUGUGCUGUGCAGCAGUGGCUCUGUGUGUAAAUGCUAUGCACUGAGGAUACCCCCCAAAAAACAACAAAAAAAACAAAAACAAAAAAACCCCCCAACAAUAUGAUGUGUACAGGAUAAUGCCUCAUACCAAUCAGAUGUCCAUUUGUUAUUGUGUUUGUUAACAACCCUUUAUCUCUUAGUGUUAUAAACGCCACUUAAAACUGAUUAAAGUCUCAUUCUUGUCA